GCCAAAUGUAAACAGAGCGAAGUCAGUAGCUAGCGAGACACGGGGGGAGAUACACGUGCUUCUCGUUUGGACUCGAACCCACAGCCAUCACCUCUCCAAGACAAGUCAGCAACCAGUAAGCCAGUGAACCAGUAAGCCAGUAAGCCAUGGCGUUACUACUGGGGCGUGAGUUUGUUUGGUGGAGCAGUUUGGCUUCCUACAGUCUGGCCACCGCUUGCCUCGCCCUCCUCCUGGCUUGGUUCAUUAAGAGACAGCAAAAGGUGUGGCUGAUAGAGAAGCUGCCCGGGCCUCGCAGUCUCCCUAUUCUUGGUAACGCUCUGGAUGUCAACGUGGCGCCGAGGGAGGUGUUCCAAACGAUCGUGGGGUCCCUAGUGGUGGUCGGCAGUCCCUUGAGAGUGUGGCUAGGAACACGCCCCCUGGUGCUCAUUGGUGAUUGCAGGGACACGGAGGUUCUUCUAAGUAGUCAGAAGCAUCUGGACAAGAGCCGUGACUACAGCUUCCUCCAUCCCUGGCUGGGCACUGGACUCCUCACUUCUACAGGAAGAAAAUGGCACUCGCGGAGGAAGAUGCUCACCCCAGCCUUCCACUUCAAGAUUCUGGAAGAUUUUGUGGAGGUGUUCAAUUCCCAGAGCCACAAGAUGCUCACCAAACUGAAGGGCAAGGCUGACGGCAGGCCCUUCGACGUCUUCCUCAUUACUCUCUGCACGCUCGACAUCAUCUGUGAAACAGCCAUGGGGAUCAACAUCAACGCACAGGACAACAGUGACUCAGAAUAUGUCAACGCUGUGUAUGGAAUCGGCGCCCUGGUCCAGUACCGCCAGACAAGGCCGUGGAUCCAGCCUGACCUUCUGUUCCGGCUGUUUGGAUACGCCAAGCAGCACGACGAGUACCUGAGGAUCCUUCACAGCUUCUCCUACAGCGCCAUAGACAACAGGAGGAAGGAAUACCAGCUCGCAAAACUCAAGGACAAGGAGGAGGAUGAAGAUGUUAUUGGCAAGAAGCGCCGCCUCGCCUUCCUGGACCUGCUUCUUAACUACUCAGAGACACAGACAUCACUCUCCAAUGAAGACAUCAGAGAGGAGGUGGACACAUUUAUGUUUGAGGGACACGACACCACCGCCGCUGCCCUCAACUGGUCCCUCUACCUGCUGGGGUGUCAUCCAGAGAUACAGGCCAAGGUACACGAGGAACUGGACUCCCUGUUUGGUGACUCGGACCGGCCAGUCACCAUGGCAGACCUGAGGGAGAUGAAGUACACAGAGAACUGCAUUAAGGAGGCACUCAGACUGUUUCCCUCUGUGCCCUUCCUUGCCAGAGAGCUCAGGAGGAGGCUGUUAUUAGUAAGUGUUUUGGACAACUACCGCAUCCCUGUCGGCACCACAGUGAUGGUCGUGACGUAUCGCCUUCACCGCGACCCUGAACAGUUCCCUGACCCUGAAACGUUUGACCCUGAUCGCUUCCUGCCAGAGAACGUGGCCAAGAGACACCCUUACUCUUACGUCCCCUUCAGUGCUGGGCCAAGGAAUUGCAUUGGGCAGAAAUUCGCACUGAUGGAGGAGAAGAUAGUGUUGAGCAGCAUCAUGCGUCACUUCAGGGUGGAGAGCACGACGAGGAGGGAGGACCUGAGGAUACUGGGGGAGCUCAUCUUGCGGCCAGAGAACGGAAACAUGGUGAAACUGUGGCCCAGGUCUGCCAAGGUGUGACGUGCUGGUGGUGGUGGUGGUGGUACUGAAGAGAGAGAGAGAGAGAGAGAGAGAGAGAGAGAGAGAGAGAGAGAGAGAGAGAGAGAGCAGGAAACAUUGAUGAUAAAGAGAGACAUAAAGAGUGAUAGGAAUUGUAGCGGUGAAAAGAGAGAGAAAGAUAUAGAGAGAGCAAGGAACAUUGAUGAUUAAACGAGAGAGAUAGAGAGAUUGGAUGAAUGUAGUGGUGUUGGAGAGAGAGAGAGAGAGAGAGAGAGAGAUGGUAUGAGAAGCUUAGUACGGAAACUAGUAAAGGAUAAAAGAGAGAGCAGUGAAUAUUGAAGAGGCCAGUAAUAAAAUCGAGAUAGAUAAUAAAUUGUCUGUGUUUAGGGAGUCAUGUCUUUUGCAGCCUAAGAGGGAGUGUGUGGCUGUGUGUGGGGUGCCUAAGAGGGAGUGUGUGGCUGUUUGGUGUGUGUUCGGGUGUUCCUGAGGUGACCUGGGGCAUUAUAACCAGUGAUGUAUCAUUGUACGGGCGCAGUGUGUAGCCUGUAUUCUCAAACGGGCGCAGUGUGUAUUCUCAAACACUGUGUCCUCUCACCAUCACUGCUUUCCAAAGGCUCCAGUUGAAGAUACUCGUGUUUUUAACCCCUUCAGUACUGGGAUGCAUUUUUUAUCUUGAGUUUUGUGUACGAUUAGACCAUUUUAUUGACAUCAGGAAGGGUCUGUGGAGGUCAGAAGAUUAAUGGCCACAGUGUUCACUAUUUCAAUCCCCCACAUGAGUUUCUGAAGCUGUAGAAAAUCAUCAAAUAGUCACCAGAAUGAAUAUAGAAGCUCAUGUUUUUCAGGGCAUUUUAAGACAGUUUGGCAUGUUUUUAGGGCAUUUUAAGAUAGUGUGGCAUGUUUUGGGGGCAUUUUCUCAAGUUUGGCUACCAUAACACUUUUAUUGACAUUAGCAAGGGUCUAUGUAGUUGAGAAGAUUAAUGGCCACAGUCUUCACCAUAUUAUCCCCACCAUGAGUUUCUGAAGUUGUAUAAAAUCACCAAAUAGUCACCAGAAUGAAUAUGGAAACGUGUCAUGCUACUGAAGAGAUUAAGAAUAUUUUGUUAUGAUUGUGGUGGUGGAUUGGCAAGACUUUUAGUACAUGAAAAGGAGAAACUGCCAUGAACACCCGGCCAGUUGUCUCUGUGGCCUUGGAAAACUGUUGUAGUGAGAAGGAAAGGCGUUUCAGAAUACAGGCUUUGUGCUGCAGUGUCAGGCAUUAUUUCUCGCGUUCACACACACAUAUGUACGUAUCUUCGCUCAUAUAUACGUAAAUACAUGGCUUUUGAAUCUUA